CAACUUUGGAACUCUCCUCUCUAAACACAGGUUCGCCGUGCUUGCGAACAAAUAUUCAAUAUGGUCGCCGGUAUAGGUGGCAUAUGGGCUCCGCAAGCCUUGCGGAUGGCUCGUACAGCCGCUUAUAAGGCGAGCAAGAUAAUACGGUCUAAACUCGCGAGUGCGACCCGCCCCGUGAACGCCGUCGAGCCGGUAUUAGCAAAGGCAUCGCACCCACGACAACCUAUUCAUCCCGCUGCGCUUCUACGCCAGCAAAAGAACCGACGAUGGCACUCGACAUCUACAUACAAUAACCUCAACGCUGCCGUGCGCCGCUUUAUAAGCACCGGGCGCAUUGAUUCCGUACCCAGGAUUGAUCGAACCAAGUUCCUUAACACCCAGACUGGUCGAGCCGUCGCCCAACUUACGGGUCGUGCACCUUUUGCCAGUACGCUCCGACCAAAUCUCACUGGCGGAGCACUUCCGCGCACCGCUGGCGGUUACGGCCUUGGAUCUGGACGAAUUGGUGGUGUAAGGUACUUCUCCCACACCCCGGCUUCUCAGGCCCAGGUGCUGCAGAACGUAUCUGUCGCCGUCCGAGGCUUCUGGAUCUCGGGUCAGAAGGCGCAGUUCCAUGGCAUAAAUGCACGCGGCGAGAAGCAAUAUCGUGCAGUCUCUACUGUUGAGGAUGAGGCGAUACGCAAGAUGUCAGCAUUUGCCCGAAAUGCCCCUGGUUCUUACAUUGAUUUCAACCUCAACCCCACCGUCACUGCUCUGAGCCCCCUUUCCGGCGCUUUUCCUUAUAAAUCAGCUGGUAUUCAGGUUGCAGAUGGGACUACACUCAACACGGAGGGAUUCAUUGAUGUACUUUCCAUCGAUUUUGGACGUGCUCUCAAGGAUCUGACUGCCACCCUCUCCGACAUCAAGAAACUUUCGGCACUUGGCGAUCUACCCAUUCAACUAGAAAAGGGUCAUACUCUGCGUGUAAGGUUUCCGGGCGUCGAUGCCGACACUGUAGAGUGUCUCUGCGACGAUCUUGGACUUACACGAGGCAUUGUUCGCGAAGACCGCGAGUUCGACGCCGAGGUCGGAGUGCCAAUGGCCUUGAGGUUUCCCUUCGCCCCUGAUGCGAAAAAGGAGCAAAGUCUCUUAUCGCCUGGGGGCUCGCUUAGAUCUGAAGACAGCUUUCUGGCGGAGGAGCUUUUCGAGGGUUUCAGCGAGGUGGAAGAGAACCCCUGGCUGGUACCGCCUGAGCCAGAAGGAUACGGGAGUAUAUCUCCGCCGAUCAGUUCGGGUGAGCACUGUUCGGAUGAGUUUGAGGGACUGGAAGGCGUUUACAAAUUCUUGGAGGAAUGUGAUCGUGCUAGAGGCAGGUAUUGACCUCCCGCAAAACUAUUUUGACUGAUUUUGAGGCGCGCUUGAAAGGGUUAGGGAUACAUAUGAUGGAAACAGGGCAGUUUGUGACGGCACCACACUCUUUGUAACAAUUUUAUUUCACUCUCUCAAGUUAUUAGCGCCUAUUCAUGCACGUACAAUUCGACCAGUUUCAACACAA